CAUUGUGUACUUCAGUCAUUCCUAAAGAUGGCAAAUGUACGAGUACUUGGAAAGUUUGCUAAUAACCUGUUAACACAGCAACUAUUAAAAAGAGUGCCUCUUGGAGUCAUUACUCAACAGCCAGUGCGAAAUAAAUAUGUAAUUAUUACUCCAAAAGAUAACAGCCAUUGGCCUGAUGCGAUACCCGAUGAAGAUCAUGCGGUGUAUAUAAGAGAAAUGAUGAAUGGAAUGAUGACUACGUUAUCAGCUUUCUUCAAGGAGCCUUUUACUAUCAAUUAUCCAUUUGAAAAAGGACCUCUGAGUCCAAGAUUUCGAGGAGAACAUGCUCUCAGAAGAUACCCCUCAGGAGAAGAAAGAUGUAUUGCUUGUAAACUUUGUGAAGCAAUCUGCCCAGCUCAAGCAAUCACCAUUGAAGCUGAAGAAAGAGCUGAUGGAUCAAGAAGAACAACUAGAUAUGAUAUUGAUAUGACUAAAUGUAUUUACUGUGGUUUUUGUCAAGAAGCUUGUCCUGUUGACGCAAUCGUUGAGGGUCCAAACUUCGAAUUCUCAACCGAAACACACGAAGAACUAUUAUAUAAUAAAGAAAAACUUUUAAAUAAUGGAGAUCGAUGGGAAUCUGAGAUUGCUAGUAACAUUUACGCAGAUCAUUUGUAUCGUUAGAAACGUACUGAUGAUUAGUGUAUUGUUUAGUUAUUGUUCAAAAACUACUAAAUUUAAGUAUGAAUCUGUAUACAUUUAAAUUAUUAUAUAAAACAAUUAGGUUGUACAUAGAA